AGAGGAAGAACCCAAUCAGAAAGCUGAACAUCCACCAAGGAAUGAGAUCAACGUCGUCUUAUUAUCUGAAGAGCAUCCUUUCGAGAAAUCAAUUACCUCUCGGAAGAAUGUUGCCUUCUAAUCUUGCGACUCCUUUCAGAUAUUCCCACUCCUUUGCUCACAGUCAAGUGAAGAAGAGGCCUGCUGCCCAACAGGAGACAAUGGGCGGCGAGACAGCUGAAAGUCAUGGGAUCGACCACAUAGUGAACAACGGGCACAAGAUUAGCGUGACACAGUUAGGAACUGCGUAUGGCUCACCAAGAAAAUUCUCCACCUGGGUUCGGUGGCUGCUCGGUUCUAUCGUAGUUAUUAUCUUCCCUUAUUGGCAAACGAAAUGGCAGAACUUUCUUAGAAUAGAAGGAGAAAUAGAAGCUGUUGCAGAGAAGGUAGAAGGUGCAGUGGAGGUGGUGGAGAAGGUGGCAGCCGUAGCAGAGGAGGUAUCAGAAGAGGUUGCAGAGUCUCUUCCUUCUGAGGGAAAGCUGAAGGAUGCUGUCUUGUUUGUUAAACAUGUGUCCGAAGAAGCCAAAAAAGAAGCAGAGUUGGCACUCAAACUCAUCCAUGAGGUGGCUGAGGCAAAGGAAGACGCGGAAACAAUCAUGGAACCGAUUAUUCAUCAAGAGAGAAAAGACUGAAGCAGAGAAAGAGGGGGCAGUUCAAACUCCACAAUUCUUAGUAUUGAUUUGCCAAAUUAUUGUAUGAUGACAAUAUUUGUAACAUUGAUAUUCUCUAUUUAAUACGAUUCUAGAGAGAGAGAGAGAGAGAGAGAGUGAAUAAGUGCCGCCAUGGACGAUGCUCUGCGGCGGAUCCGGUCUACCCGAGUCCGGUAGGAUUCAAAAAUUA